AUGAAAUUAUCACAUAGGAAUGAAAUUGACAGUAGUAAUAUAUUUCAAAACCUAAAGUUUCAUAUCAGUGAUAAUUUGAAUCAUCCAGCUAAACUUGAACAACUAAGCAAAAAGAUAAAGAAUUCCGGUGGUAAAAGAAAUAUAUCACCUUCUCAUGAUAGUAUAUUCGUAUUAAAUCAAUUCUUUGAUGAAGAAUAUAGAGAUUGUAGAAAUCAUGGUGUACCAAUUAUAAGUGUAUCAUAUCUGGAAGAGUGUGUUGUCAAUUUACGAACGAUCGAUUUAGCGAGAGCAAAGAAUACACCCAUUCACUCUGAUUGUCUCUUGAAUAAGGUGGUUUGUUUCGAUCGCUCUAGCGAGCCAAAUUGCAAAGAGAUGGCAAUGAAAGUCACUGCAAUGGGUGGUCAGUGUACAAGUAAACUAACAACCGAUACAUUCAUCUUGGUUACACAAAACAUAUGUUCAAGGAAAUCAAAAAAUGCAAGACAAAAAUUAAAUAUACCGUUGGUCACUUCGGAAUGGGUGGAGCGAUGUUGGCAAGAUGGAUUCCUAAAUGAUCCGGCACUCUUUUCAAAGCCAGUGUUGAGAGGUUGUGUUAUUUGUUUGACUGGGUUCAGUGGUAACGAUCGCAAGUAUAUAGAGCAGCUCUCGAUUGAGGGUGGCGGUGUUUUCGCACCGACUCUCAAUAAGAAUGAAUGCACUCACUUGGUCGCCUCCGAACAAUCCGGCGAAAAGUUUAAGAUGGCAAAGGAAUGGGGUGUCUACAUUGUACCGUUGCAAUGGCUCGAGGAGUCGGUUCGUGUCGGUCUCCCUCAGAGCGAACUACUCUUCAAUGUCGACAGUGGGACUGGCACCAUCGGAAGUUACGAUAACGGCAACAGUAGUAGUAGUCUGUCACUGAGACAGAGUGUAAAUAGCUAUAUUCCAACACCUUUACCACAACCAAUUACAAAUCUAUCGAUGGAUAUGUCAUUGCAAUCGAUAAGCUAUAAUAACAAUGAUGUUGAUAUGUUACAAGCAAACAAUGGUUAUAAUCAACAACAGCUAUUACAAUUGACAUGUCCACCUUCUGAUAUAUUUAGAUCAAUGACAUUUGUGUUGAUGGAUUUCAAUGAGGAGCAAGAAGCAAAGACAAUGGAGUUGGUUAGUUCUUAUGCGCAGAUCAUUGUGGCGCAACAGGUACCUAAUCUUCUCUCGACACAGCUAACCAUUGAUUAUGUGUUGGCGCCACACGAUACAAAGCUCAACAAAGAUAAAUAUCCAUCAAAGGCAAAGCUGGUUUCGACCGAUUGGUUCGACGCGUGCUUGCGAUACAACAGGAUUCUAGACCCACGAGAAUGCGUGCUGUACACUCCGAUUCAAAGAGUAGGUUUUCUAAAAGGUGUUUUCUUGGUUUACAGUGGAUUCACUGUUGCAAACGUUAUCGAUAAUAUUAGAAUCACUUCACAUCUUUUGGGUGCCAAGAUCUUUCAGAAACAAGGAAAGCAAUCGACACAUCUACUCGUUCACAGAGACAACUAUCGAGAGAAUCCCGAAUACAAAAAGGCAAUGUUGAAAAACAAGAAUUCAAAGUCACCAAAGAUCUAUAUCUUGCAUCUCGAAUGGCUGUUUGACUGUGCCAAGCAAGGUCGUCGCAUCGAUGAAUACGACUAUCUUUUUACAGAGGUAAAACAACUGUUUAAGAAUAGACCACAGCAGCAACAGCAACAAGAUACAGAUAAUUCAAUAGCAUUACCAUUACCAUUACCAUUACAAACAACAAAAUCAACAUCAAUAUCAACAACAACAACAACAGAAUCAUCAAUAUUUAAAGGUUUUAAAGUAUAUAUUUCAUUAAAGAUAGAAGAGGAUAAGCAGAAUCAAUAUCAGGUGAUGGUAAGAGAUUUGGGUGGUGAGACUACACUUGACUUGUUUACCGUCACUCAUUAUAUAUGUGAAAGGAUCAAUCAUAGUGAAACUCAGAGAUUUGUACAAACUCAUACCAUCAUCAAUGCUAGACCGGAUUGGUUGAUUAAAUGUUGGGAGGAAAACAAGUUGAUCGGUGUACAUGACUACAUUCCAUUGGAUCCGAUUGAGAAUGACGAUGAUCUAGUUUGUCAACCACCUGUAAUCCAACCAAUCACUAAACAACACUCCCAACUUUUCAAUGGAACACCUAAAUCAAACGAUCAAAUGGAUAUUGAAAUUGAAACUGAAAACGACCAUCAUCAUCAUCAUCAUCACAAUCAACGACCAACAUCUACAACCACAACAACAACAGCUAUAUUAUCAACCCAUCCACCAGAUUUAUUAAAACAAGCAACACAAGAGACAGAUUCAGAGGAGGAGGAGGAAGAAGAGGAGAUUGACGAUAAACCAUCGGCAUUGGAUCGUUUAUUUAAAGCAAUCAACAAUCUACCGGAACAAAAGAACAAUGUAAAUAGUAAUGUUUUCACGAUACCAUCAAUCGUACCAAAGAGAAAGGCAAUAUCUAAACCGACCAACGCAAUCAUUCCAGUAUCCACUGUCAAAUCAACUUCGCUGGAUCUGGCGAAUCUCGACGAUGACGAUGACGAUCUCGCUGACAUGACUGACGGCGUUGAUGAAGACGAAGAGGCAGAUCCACUGUCACAGCGUAUCACCUAUGGCGAAGGUUCAGAGAAUGUGAAACGACUGAAACUGAUGAACUCGAAGGCGACCAACAAGAACAAGACCAAAGACAACUCGACAGAACAACAGCACCUACUCGAUAUCCUCAAGAAAGGUCAGCCCAUCCAGAGUAUAGUAGUGAAAACAUUCUCCAACUACCUCUUGCUGUCUGGCUUUGGCGACAAGGAAAAGAUUCCACUGAUGGACAGUCUCUCCAAGAUCGAAAAGUUUGGAUUCUAUCACCAGAGCGACCCAAACAUCACCCCUGGAAAAACUACUCACCUCAUUGUUUGUCUACCGAAGCGUAGUGAGAAGUUCUUGUGUGCACUGGCCGCCGGUAUCUGGUGUCUAAAGCCAACGUUUCUCGAUGCAAUCAUCGCCACCAACCAGCCGGUUGACGAAGCGGCAUACGAGUGGACCACUGCAGACCGCGACGACGAAUGGACAGCUGCCGCCUCAAAAUGCCGAAAAGCAGCGAACCUACUCCAACGACCACUUCUCUCGCGAGUAAAGAUCGUGAUUCCCAGCUCUCACAAGAGUAUCAAGAUUUGGACAAACAUUUUCAACAGCGGUGGUGCCACUGUACUCGAUGAAAACGAAAUCGCAGAAGCAACCCACCGUAUGUCCGACGACAAUCAAAUCUAUUCAAACGAUCCUCCACAUAUCAAAAAAGUGAAAUCAAGUGAAGUAACUCAUCUUUUAAUUCAUGGACAACAUUUAAUAACUGACUAA